CCUGUUGGCAUCAGUUUCCUGGACGAAGCGAGGAAGCGACAUGGCGGCCGAGGCGAAGGAAGCGAUCACAACGAUGGAGGGCGCUCUCAAGUACGCGGUCAAGACGAUGGACGACUUCUUUGAUCCGGCCAUCGACAACGACAAACGCAUUCCAGUCGACCUCAUGCAGGGUGCAAAGGGUCUUGCCUUCCUAACGGUGAUCAAGGCCGGCUUCAUCUGGACGGGUAAGGUCGGUACAGGCCUCGUGCUGGCCCGGCUGCCGGACGGCCGCUGGUCGGCACCAUCAGCUAUCGGCACGAUCGGCAUGGGAGUGGGUUUUGAAGCGGGUGGUCAGAUUAUCAACUACAUGAUCAUCCUCAACUCGGAGGCCGCCGUCAAGUCGUUCAUGCAGAAGGGGCAAUUGUCGGCUGGCGCAAACAUCGAAUUCGCUGCCGGGCCAUUCGGACGCGCUGCUGGAGCAAACGCCAACAUUUCAGCGCAAGGUAUCGCCCCCAACUACACGUACAGCCACAGCAAGGGCCUCUUUGGCGGUGCGGGUCUCCAAGGUUCGGCAAUUGCGGCGCGCUCGGACAUCAACAAGACGUUCUAUGGGCGCGAAAUCUCGCCGGCUGAGAUCUUGAUGGGUGGUGUCGACCAGCCGGCGGCUGCUGCGCCGCUGUACGAGGUCAUUGACCGCGUGCUGGCACUGCCGUCACAGGGCAACCCUUUGAGCAAGCUGCCGUCUAUGCCGGCAAUGCCUUCCAUGGCUGGCGUCCCAAGCGCGAUCCGCGCCAAGUUGCACAUGCGUGAGCCGAUGCCGUCGGCGGUUCAGGGCAGCGAGGUCCAGGUGGUGUACCAGCGUGUCCUCGCGUCUAUCGAGUCUAUCGCUGGCCUCGAGUUUGUCGCCGAUUUCAAGGUCAAAUGCAAGGAGUUUGGCCAAAGCAAGAUGGAAGACAGUGCGUUCAUCACGUUCAUGGCCCAGGCCUUUAACGCCCAACAGCGUGUGACUCUGUACCCGGAUGUCGUGCGCCUGUUGCAAGACAAACAUAAGCGUCAAGUGCUGUGGAGCGCCUACUUGGACGCGAAAGACGAAGUGGCCGCGACAACCCCCGCAACAACUGCCACAGCGCCGUCGCUCUUUUAAUGCGAAUCACGGCCGUGGAAAUACACUCAACAUUGUUUGCGCGUCUGGGAUACUUGGGCACUCAUUUAC